GUUGAAAAGAAAGGAAGAAAUUGACACAUUAUAAAGUUUAAAUCAAAGAAUUGUUAAUAUAAGGGUGUGUUAACUAUUUUUCAAGAAUUUAAGAACUGAAAACAAGUAGUUUUUUUUUUAAAUUUGCUCAAAUUUAAUUUAUUCAACAAAAAAAAAAGAAAAGAAGACCCAAAAUAAAACAAAAAUAUGGAUGUUUUAUCGAAUAUGCAACAACAAAGAGCAAAUGUUGAACAACUGAGGCGUGAGGCAGCCAUUGAACGGCAACCAAUUUCAGAAUCUUGUGCAAAAAUGCUCAAAUAUAUUGCUGAACAUGAACAAGAAGAUUAUCUUUUGGUUGGAUUUUCCAGUCAAAAAGUCAAUCCAUUCCGUGAGAAAAGUUCCUGCACAGUUUUAUAAUUUAUUGAUUUUUUUCAUAAAAAUAAGACCAUUAUAAAAUGUUAAAAAAAGAAACAAAACUUUAAUAUUGAAUUAUUUAUGUUAUUCACCCACAAGUAUUUGAAUGCAAGCAUAUUGCAACGCAUCUAUUCCUUAAAAUAAUAUUCCAAAUAAGUAGAAGCACAAAUGGAAAAUGAAAAAAAAAAAAUAAUUUGAAACAAAAAUUUCAUGUUUUUUGAAAUUUAGAUUAAUUUUGUCUUUGUAAAAUGUUCAACUUUUGUGGAAAUUGAAUUACCAUUUCAUUGAAAUAAAUAUUGCUAAAUUUAUCACAGUGCACAU